AAACACACACACUUUUUGAUAUCGUGAAUAAAUAACGCUGGUUGUACAAAGACAGAUACGAAAUUUCACGUUGAUCUUAACAAUGUCAGGCUUUUUAUAAUAAAUAAAUCAUGAAAUAUGUUUAUUUUCUUCUCAUUUUCUAUUUUGUGACCGACAGUUGGAACAAAGUACUUGGUGUUAUUUAUAUGGAAGACAUCUGUGCUCUAAAUCCAACUCAGUCCAUUACAUUAGCAUCAUCGGGAUAUCUAAAAGCUACAAGAGGCUCUACGUAUUUCGUCGGAAGGAACUGCAAUUUUAUUUUUUCGUCUAAUGAUAAUAUCAUAAUAAGUAUAAAGAAAAUCAACUUCAGACCUGGCUGCAAAGAUUAUCUCAAAAUAACUGAUGAUACAAAGCAAGUAGCUCUUUGUGGGUCUAAAAAUGAAUAUGACUCUAACAUGCAAUAUUUUGGAGAAAAAAUAUAUAUCAACUAUUAUACUGAAGAUGGUGGCAUUGAUCCAUAUGGUUACGAUGGAUUUCAUUUGUUGUAUACUUUAAGCGAAAAAAAGUACGCUCAGUGUGACAAGUCUCAUAAAUUUCAGUGUCAUAAUGGAUAUUGUAUAAGCAAUCGUUUUGUUUGUGACGGAAAUAAUCAUUGUGGGGAUUUCAGUGACGAGCAAAGUUGCAGUAGAAGUGGAUUUGUUGUAUUUAUCGCUUUAUUUCUUGUUGUUGUCAUGGGUCUAGUGGCUGGAUUUUGUAUAUCGAUGGCUUUAACAGCCAUUUUAACUAGUGGGUUAAUAAAACUGCAGUGGAAUGGAAAUCCAAUUAGUUUGACACGCACUCAUCCAAGAACCGAAUCAAAUCGAUUCUGAAGAGGGAAUCGCAUGAAGCUACAAGUUCAAUUCGGGGCAAUAUUUAUAUUUAUUGAGAGUUUUAAUGACUUCUUUUUUUAUAACACUUUAUGCAUACUAAAAUAUCAUCUCUUCAAAAUGUAGCAUUAAACUUCAUGUAUUUCUUUAUUUUCUGUAUCCAAAUAAAAAGUUUAAAAGAA